AGCACGCUAGCUCCUCCCCCUGAACCCUGUCUGCUCCUCCCUCUGUGUGUGUGUGGGACCCCAGGUUUCAGCAGCUCUGGGCUUUUGCUUUUUUCCGCUGAGACUUCGGCCAGAUCUCUUCCUAACAGCUUUCUGCUUCUCUGUUAUUGUUCCAGCAGUGCUGUCUUUCACAGUCAUGCUCAUACCUGGUGCAGGUUUGAGUCUGUGCUCUCCAGCGAUGGGGAAAAUACAAAACAAAAGGAAGAAAACAUAUUUUACAGGCCCAACAGCUGAAAUGUUUUUUACAGGUGGCUGUUUACGCAUGUAUUGUGUGUGAACUAUUUCAUAGGUGAGUGUUUGUGCAGGUGCAACGUGUGGACUCUUGUUGAGUGUGUACACACCUGCACUGUGGGGACUCCAGAUGAGUGUGUACACACAUGUACAGUGUGCCAAAUGUUUUCCAGGUAGGUGUGCUCAUGCCUGCAUUGUUGAGACUGUAGGUGAGUGUCUUUAAAUCUGCAUUGUGGGAACUGCAGGUGAGUGUGUUCACACUUACAUUGUGGGGACUGCAGGUGAGUGUGUUCACACCUCCAUUGUGGGGACUGCAGGUGAGUGUGUUCACACCUCCAUUGUGGGGACUGCAGGUGAGUGUGCAGUUGGCUCCCCAGGUGACAGGGCUGUAGUCAGCAGGGUCCCUCAUCGGUUGCAUCUGAUUCAUUUUAACCUGUCAUUCACUGUAUUUUCACUGUAUUCUCUUAGAUGCUUUGGUGAAGGCCUCUUUGCUCACAGCGAUUGUGUUUCUUAUGUGUAUAUAUAAAACAGUACCAAGUUCUCCCCCACGAUCCCUGCAUGCCAGGAAGGUGUCUGACACCCAAGUAGAGCUGUCGUGGGAACCCCCGCUUGAGGCCAAUUCCAAAAUCCUGUACUACAUCGUCUCUGUGUGGAACCGGACCGCUAUGCGCACUCAGAACGUGACGGUCACGUCUGUGAUCGUGGAGGUGGACAGGGACAGUCAGUACAACGCCUCGGUGUCCAGCUGGACCAGGCUGGGCGACGGGGGAGUCUUCCUCUCCAUCUUCUUCUCUGCGUCUGACGCAGUCCCAGCUGAUCCCCCCCAGAAUGUGUCCUAUGUGAGUCUGACUCCAACCUCCAUACAAGUGCUGUGGUCCCCCCCCACCCAGCCGAAUGGGGUCAUCCAGUUUUACACCAUUUACUACAGUGACAAUUCCAGCAUGUUCUCUCAGAGAGUCAACGUGGUGGAUGAGCCACCAGGGGGCGCUGGCUCCCAGUUCUCCUCUGUGCUCGAGGGCCUGUCCAAAGGCACUGAAUACAGCCUGUGGCUCAGCUCCAGCACGGCCCAGGGCGAGGGACACGCCCGCAGUGACGUCAUCCGCCUCUACACCAUGGAAGACGGUGGGCAAUUGCCACAACAGCUGUUGCUUGGUGAUGCCUGCACUGUUUUUUCCCAUUGUCUUUUUGAAAAAAAAAUCAGGUAAAAAUUCAAGAGAAUCACAUCGGGCAGAAAAAAAGGUGGUUUUAAUUUUCAGCGUUUUUGUGAAAGGAGAAAAAUCUGUCUGGCAAACUGGGCUCUUCCGUCUCCACUCCCAGGCCUCCCUGCUUCCUCUCUGGGCCCACUGAAGACCCCCGUUUGCUUCUCCUUUCACAGAACAUGCUGAAACUUUGCCCCUCUCAGGCUGAAACACUCGAGUGCAGGCAGGCUGCAGGCUUUUUAAAUGCUAAUAGCUUCAGUGCGCAGGGAUCAUGUUGUGAUACAUUUUUGUCAGACUCCACUGCAGUGAGGGGAAGAUAAAUGUAGUAAUAUUACAUAAUGCUUUACAGUGAUUGUUUUAAGCCAUUCUGUGAAUGUUGAAAACAGUACCCAGUGUGUAAAUGCUCUGACCGUCUCUUGGUUUUUACGUGAUUUGGGGAAAAUGGUGCAGGUGUCAUAAACGAUUGUUUAUUUGAAGCAGUGCUGUAGGGUGUUUCACUGUGAUGUGAUAAUAACGUAUGUCUCUGUGCUGUGCCAGAGAGCAGAGAGUAAUCCUGCCGAUGAGGACCGACCUUCCACCCUGCCUGCGCCACUCAUGCCCUCCCACCCCGCCCUCUGCCCUUAUACCCCGCCCCUACCCCACUCCGACCACACCCCCUAUGCUUGUGCCCAAUUGUCAUUCAGGGGUCGCGUGGGGGAUGGGGGGGCAGACCCUGUGAGCCUCUCUGUCCGUCACACAGUGAUACCCCUCUGUGAUUGGUGGGAGGUGGAGGAGGAGCGGCUGUGUGAAGAGUUGGGAAUCCUGCUCUAUGAUUGGUUGGAGGUGGAGGGGGAUUGGUUGUGUGUCGGAGAAUGUGGAAUACUGCUUUGUGAUUGGUUGGGGUGGUGGCUGUGUGUAGAAGAGUGUGAGGUGGAGGCGGUGUGUAGGAGAGCUGAAUGUGUGUGUAUGUGUUCUGUAUGGGAAAGGGAGGCCUGCUCUUUGGGUCGUCUGCCUUUCCAUGGGAGCGAAACCUUCUCCCUUUAAACUUGCUUUGUGUAUCUGACUGACUCCGUACCGCCUCUCUUACAUGUUUUCAUGUUUUCUCUCACUUAUCCUGUUCAUUUCUCUCCCAGUGUUUUAUUGUAUGGCCUGCUUUGUUUUAUUUCCAUUGCUCACAGUGCUUGCUUUGUUCUAAUUCAUCCUUAUGUUAUGUGGUACUGCCACCUUUUAUCUGAACAGUGCUUUAAACUCCUGUAUGGGCAGUGUUGUGUAAAGUUGUUGUUAUUAUUAUUAUUGCAGUGCUGAGUGAUAUGAUGUGGUAUGAUAUGAUGUGAUGUGAUAUGAUGUGAUGGUAUAUGAAUUAUAGAUGGUGUUUGGGGUCUG